CAAUCAAAUCUAUCUUAACACCGUAACCCAUGAAUAUAUCAACUUAUUGCGAGUUAUUCUCGAGUAUGUUCUAAGGGAAUUUACACGGAUAAGAAUUAUGUCUGAAAACAAGAUAUACGAUCUUUCGAAGGAAGAUCAAGAAGUUAAAGAAUGGAAAGCUUCCAGACGUUUAGAAUUAAGAAACGAAUACUUAAAGGAGAUACAAGAUCCUCGACGAAUUGAACCAAUUAUAGAUAAAGGAUGGCUACGAUUCUAUGCUACAAGAGUACAGCUUGAACAUAUUUUCAUACAAACUCCUCUUAAUACCUUAUUAAUGUAUACCAUCGUGGGAGGUCUACUUUUUAGUGUAGGAGCCUUCUUAAAAAAAUCCAAGGAUCGAAAGGAACAACUUUACCGUACAGGUCAAGUAAAAUACGUCGAUAGAAUGUUUAAAUUCCACUAAAAAAAAAAAAAAUAUAUCUAAUACAGUUC